AUGAAAAAAAAUAAAGAGAAAAAUCAGUUAUACCACUUCAAAAAAUACUUAGCAGAAAGUAACGUCUUUUUUGUAUUCGUCCACUUGUUUGUGAAGCUGAUACGGAACAGGGACAAAGUGGAAAACCCCUACGACUACGUCAUGAAGUACUUCGGACGGAGAAGGCACAUUUCGGAAGAUGACGCUCCAAGGAGAAAUUUAAUCAAAGAAAAUAAAAAAUAUAGAACAGAAAAUGAGCAGCUGGUUGGGAAAAUAAACGAGCUGCUUGUCCAGCUGGAAGACCUGCGCAAGAGAGACUCCUGCGAUUUUAUUGCAAACUGGUUUUUCAAAAACGGCGAUGAGCAGCGUGGCUCGUCUGAUCUGUUUGGGAAGGAGUUUAUGGAGAGUGAUAAUAAUGGGGAAAAUGACCCAAGUGCAAACAACACCCGGAAUAACCCGAACGGGCUGCAUGCCCACGGAGACUAUAGCGAACCCCCCCACUUUGUAUUCACUCGAGACACAUUUUACCUCUUUCUGACUUUCCUGGACGAUUCCACCAGAACGCAACUUCGUGAGGCACUGACGGGGGGGCCCACCCAUGCGGGGAGAUCUGCCCUGUGCGAGGGACUACACAAGGGAUUGUCUCUGUUUGUAAAUGAAUACUUAUCCUUGGAGCAGCUGGGCGAGAAGGGGGCUCACAAAUCGAACAGA